AUGGUUAAAUUUUUGGUUUUAUUUUGUAUAAUUAGAUUUACUCUUUCUCAAAUAUGUAGUAACUUUUGUUUAUAAUGCAAUAAUCGACAACUAUUAUGUGAGUAAUGUCAAGAAGGUUUUGUUGUUAAUAAUUAAAAUGGGAAGUGCCAAUCUAAUUGCAAAUAUGGCCAAUAUUACUAUUUAGAAACAAACUAAUGCGUUUCUAUUUGCCCUGAUAAAUAUUAUAAUGAUGAUGAUUCAUUCACCUGUAGGUAAUUAUAAAAUUGUCCUUUUUUAUCUGAGCAGGGAUUACAAUUUUUUGAUGAGUUUAGGCUAUCUGUUACACUCUAAGAUCUUGUUGUGACAGCUGGUGUAAGUUAUCUUUAUGAUGAUUUUACCUUAAAAAUUUUUAAUGCAACUAAUGGAAAAUAUCUUGGAUACUUGGAUGGACAUGAUUCUGAAGUUUUAAUGCUGAAUGUAAUUGAAUCCACAUAGCAACUUUUAAGUAUAAGUGAAAAUUAGAUGAUUUGGUGGAAUCUUUACUAUGGAUAAAUGGAUUAUGUGAUUGAAUUUGGUUAAUUAGAUGAAAACCAACAAAUUUCCCCAAAUCAAAUACAAAGUAAUAAAAAUAGUACAUAUAUGUAUAGUUUAGAUAAAGGGAUUUAAAUUUAUUAUGAUGAACAAAUUAUUAUUUUAAUGCUAAAUCCAAAAUAAUUUGGAAUUCUUUAUCAUUAAAAUAUGAGAAAUGACUUAACUUCAACUAAAAAUAUUUAAUAAUUUUAGUAAUAUUUUUAAUUAUUUGAAACUUGUCAUAUAUCAGCAAUAAAGGGUUUUUUUAAAAUCUAAGAUGACAUUAUCUGUAGUUAUUCUAGUUAAUAGAUUAUAACUUGGGAUAUUAAGUAAAAUAAAACGAUUAGUGGAUCUAAGGGUGUUUGCAACUUCGAUAAGUAAAUAAUACAAAGAGUUAUUAAAUUAAACGAACAAUAAAACAUACUAUAAUUCACCAAUGACCCUUAUUUACAAAUUUAUGAUGUUGACUUGAAUCUUUGCAUCUAAGUAGAAUAUGAUCCACCUCCUCUCAAUGAUAAAGACAACAAAUUUAUUAUAGAAGAUAUUUUAGUUUUUGACUAAAUUUAAAAAUUAAUAAUUGUUAGAACUAAAAAAUCAAUAUUCUUCUAUAAAUUGUAGGAAUACAUAGACACCCUUAAUGACAAUAAAAUAUAUUAUACAUUUAUCUAAAUAGGUGAGUAAAACUCUAAUAAUGUGUUUAUAUAAAUAAUUCCAAACUUUAAUUAUGUUUUAGUUUUGCAAUCUUCUGGGCUUUUAAAUUAUUUUCUAGUUACUCAAACUGAUGAUAGCAUAGGAUUAGAUCUUAUAGGAAUUAUCGAUUUUUAAUUUAAUUAAUAAAUGUAUAUUACAGAUAUUCACUUUCAAAAAGAAAGCUUAACCACUAUUUUGAUUGGUAAGGGAAUUAUAUGUGCUAAGUUUAACUCUGCUGAUAAUGAUAAAUUUUUUGAUUAUGAAAUUAUUUCUUCUUUAAAAAACAUUUCUCCAUAACUUAAUGGUCACAGAAGCUAGAUAAAUGGAAUUGUUAUAGAUAGGGUCUUUAAAAAUAGAAUAAUUACUUACAGUUCUGAUGGGUCUUUUAAAAUUUGGUAAAUGCUUGAAGAUAUAUCUCAUAUAGAUGGCUUUACACCUGUAAAUUCUUAAGGGGGGUAUUUAGAAAAAGCCAGUUUGUUAUUUGAUUAAUAUCAUCCUGAAUGUAAUAUUAUUGAAAGUAGUAAGUGUCCUUGGGGAGUUAUAAAUUUAGAAUAAAUAGAAUAAAAUUUAAUUUUAACUUAAUACUCAGAUAAUUUUAUAAUCAUAUGGGAAUAUUAUGAAGACACGAUAUCAUUUAAAUUUAGGUAUAGCUUAGGUGAUGAAUCUAUAAAAUUAAAUAAUUAUUAAUAUAAUAAGGAUUUAAAAUAUUUGCUUAUUUGUAGUGAGUAAUAGCUAGUAAUAUUUGAUACCUAAAACGAUGGUGAAGUUAUUUUUAAAGAGGCAAAUGUUUACCAUCGAGGGUACUUCUUUAAAGGUGAUAUAAGUUAUGAUAAUAACUAUACUUUAGUGUAUCUUAUCAAUUUAGGUGCUAAUUUUUAGUUUAUGGCAUAUUAUUAUGACAUAAAUACAAAAUAAUUCACUCUAUAAAAACAGAAUAUUUUUAGAAAUAAGUACAUUUAUUCUGAAAUAUUUUCAGAUAACGUCAUAAUUUGUGUUACAGCAAACUAUUUGUAUUACUAAUUAAAAAUAAAUCCUGAUCACAUCAGAGUUAGUAUGAGAUUUUCUAUUGCUUAUUUUACCCGUGAUCCUGAAUCAUCAAAAACUUUUCUUUUAAUUAGAAAUGGUAUGGUAGGCAUAGGUGAUGCUCCUAAAUUUAAGUAUUUUAGUAUUACUAGUUCUAGCUUCACACUAAAAUGCACAGCAAUAGCCAAAAAUCCUCUAAUACUAUUUUACUUUUAAAAUAAUGUCUAUUAUCAAGGAUACAAUCAUGUAUUGGGUAUUAACGAAAAAUUUGAAGUAGUUUUUUAUAUGGUUUUAGAUUACACAAUUUCUUCAAUUAAUGUUGACUCUAAUAAUUCUAAACUAUUUAUUGGAUUUUAAAAUGGUAAAAUUUAUCAUGGCAGCUAUGUUAAAUAGCAAAUAAAUACCAGAGACACUAUAGCUAAUUUAAACAUGCCAUUCUAUUCCACCUCUUUGAGAUAACUCUUUUAUAGAGGCACAACAUCAGUACUCAAGAAAGACUUAUUUACAAACUAACUAGUUGAAUUUAAUUAUAGCGGAAAUUAAACAGUUCAUAAGCAGAAAUUAGAGGGAUAUCUAGUUGAUGAAAUAAAUAAUUUCUUAAUUACUUUUUCAAAAGAAACUAGUACUUGCCUCUAUAGAUGGUCUCUUUAGAAUCCUUAAUAAAAUUAAAAAAUUAGUGAUUCAGAUACUAAAGGUAUUUCUAAAAUAUUUUUAGAUUUAAAAGGUGAUAUUCUGAUAGGUUACAGUGAAAAUUGGCAAGAUCCAAAUAACUAUUAGUUUGAUUUUAUUGUUUGGUAAUAUAGCACUCUAAAGAAGCUCUAUAUUAAUUAAAGUCAUAAGCUAUUUUUUGAAGAUUUAAAAAAGGAUGAGCUUCCAGAAAACAUAAGUUAAAUGGAGUAUAUAGUCAGACAAAUAAUUUACAUGCCUAACAAUCAAACAAUAGUUAGUCUUAAUAGUUACUUCAAUGUCUUUGUUUAUUAUUACACCAUAGACUAAUCUGAUUAGAUUACAAUUAAUAAUGUUGUUAAACUUUUUUAUGAUGACUAAAGUAAUUACCUUUAUGCAAAAAUUGUUGAUAAUCUAUCUCAAGCCAUAUAAAUUUAUGACCUUUAAUUUAAGUUGAAAUCAACUAAAGUUGAACACAUUUUCGAAAUCAGAGAUAUUAUUUUUUCAGGUGAUAAAGCUAUUAUCUAUGAUAUUUAAACUAUUCUAAUCUUAGACAGAUAAAAUUUAUAACAAAUUUAAAAAUUUUCUACAGUUAAUCCUAAGGUGACAAGCUUGAUAAUAUCCUCUAAAUUAAAUUUAGCUAUUGUAUGGAAUAAUUUUAUGACAGAUAAUGUUUUAUCUGAUAAAAUUGGUAUUUUUGAAUUAACAACAGGUAAAUCUAUUUAUGAGUUGUAACCUUAAUCAAUUACUGACUAUGGUAAUACUAAUUUGGUAUAUUUAGAGGAAUCAACUUGCUAGCUUUAUUAUACAAGAACUACUGGAAAUAUAUAUUCUUUUAAUGUAUGCGAAUUAUACAAUUCAGGAGUUUAUUCAGCAAAUAUGUAAAAUAUUCUUAACAUAAUCUAUAUACCAGAAUUUAACUAUCUUUCAACAAUAAAUUCAAAUCAGGCUUGCUUAACUAGGGUAGAGUCAUCUAUAAGCUCUAAAUAGAGAUUUUCUUCUCUUUAUUCUUAGAAGAAUAAUAAUUAUUUUAUGAAUAAAGCAAGUGAUAAAAUUUAUUACAUAGAUUUUGAUAGCUCAGUAUGGCAGUUGAAUAACAAAAAUUAUAACUUUGGAUACAUUUCAUAGCUAGAUAAAAUUUAAUUUAGCAAAUAAUACAACAAUUAUUUUUAUGUUAUCACCAAAAACCACCUUUAUUAAUACGAUUUGGAUUUCACAUUAAUUAGAAGUAUUGAAAUACAUCUAAAAAAUAUUUAUUUUUCUGGAGAUUACAUUUUCUUUUAAAAUUAAAACUUUGUACUUUGCAAGUUAAAUAUUAAGGAUUUUUCUCUCGAUUCCACUUUUUAAAUUUCAUUAAGUUAUUAUAUUUAUGACUUUUUCGUUUUAGAAUCUUUCAAUGAAUUUAUUUUUUAUGAUGGAUCAUAAAAGAUAUAUAGAUAUAAUUAUGUCACAAACCAAAAGGUUUAUGAAGAGCCUGUAUUAUAGCCAUUUUAAAAAGGAUAUUUCUUCAGAUAACUCAAUAUGAUUAUUCACAUCUAAAAGAACUCAGAUAUUAUUUUUUAUUAUAAUUUAACAGCUAAUAUGAAAUCUUAAGAUUCAGCAAAUAUAUAUUAAUUUAAAAAUUCUGAUUUUCAAUCAGUUGCCACUUAAAAAUUAUUUUUUGACAAAGAUAAUUUAAACCUAAUUAUAAGUUAUGCAGAUAAUACAAUUAGAGUCUUCAAAUUAUCCUUAGUAGAUAAUUUAAUUUAAUCACUAAACUUAAUUAAAACAAUCCCAUAACCUUCUGUCACAAAUAUUUUAAGAAUAAAGAUAAAAAAUUAAAAUAUAUAGAUGUUUUUACCAUGGUAAGUCAUAGAAUAUGACAGACAAACUUUUAUCUAAAAAAAUAAUUUCAAUAGCAGUUAAGUAUUUUAAAAUUUGUAAGACUACUCUAUCAGUAAAGAUUAUCCUAACUAUGGUAUUAUUUUGUAGUAAGACUCUAUAAGGAUGAUCAAUGUUUAACAGCAAAAAAUUAUUUCUAAAUUUGAUUUAAGCUAUCCAUAGUUAACAAGCUAUUAAAUUUAAGAACAGAUCUAUUAAUUUGAUAUUGAAUUAAAAGGAAUAAGCAAUGGUGUAUUUUUUAAAUACAAUUUUUUAAUUCCUAAAUAAGUUUCAAUAAUAAAUCAAAAUACUUCUUAUAAAGAAUGCUAUUUCUCGCUUAGUAUUUAUUAUCAAAAAGAAAUUGAUAUGUAUAACUCAAAAGUACAGUUUGAUGGAAAAAAAUAAAAUGGUGAUCUUAAGCAAUUAAAUAUCAAAUCAGACACAUUUUAUGAAGAACCCUUGAAAGAAGUUUAAAUUUAAAACUAUAUUUUAGAUAUAACUGAUAGUGGAUUUAUGACCUUUAAUAAAGCAACAAAAAAGGUAACUUUUAAAGAUUUGAAAUUUACAGGUAAUUGCAAAAAUAGUACGCUUAACUUUUAAAAUAUGGAUUAUGUCAUUCUAGAGAAUAUUAUUUUUGAUUCGAUAGAUCUGGAUAAUAAUUCUACUUUAUUGAAGUUGACUAACUUACAGUUUGUUCUUUUAAAAAACAUCACAUUUACAAAUAUAACUUUACAUCAUACAGCAAAAUUAAUUUUACUCAAAAACAUAUUCAGAUUUUUUAUAGCAAAUUUAACAAUCAAUGGCAUGAAUUUAUAUAACCCUGAAAGUACUAGCAUAAUAUAAAUAUCUAACAUAAAAAAUGGUUUUAUAAAGGAUAGUUUUCUAUCAGAUUUAAAAUUAGUUGAACCAAACAAUAAAAAAGGCAUUUAUUUUUUGAUAGAUCUUUAAGGAAAUUCAAUGCUAAGUAUUCAAACACUAACUUAUUAAAAUUCAAGCUAUAUCAGUUUAAUUAAUAGCUAGAAUAGCUAUGAAUAAGAUCAGAAAAUAUAUUUCAGAGUCCUUGAUCAAGUAAGCUUAAGUGAACUAGAUGUUUUCAACAUCAAAAAUUUAAGAUAAUCUUUGAUUUAUGCUACAGGUCAUUAAGUGACACUUCAAAAAUGUAAUUUUUAAAAUAUUGAUUGCUUUGAAUGUGAAGGAGGGAUUGCAAAUUUUCAUUAAAUUAAUAUUCUCUCUAUCUUUAAUUCAAUAUUUGAUUCUGCAAAAGCUAAAAACGGAGGAGCAAUAGCUAUUCUUGAAAGUAGGUUUAACUAAUCAAGCAUUUAAGAUUGCAAUUUUUAUAAUAAUUCUGCUUAAAGUAGUGGUGGAGCCAUUUAUUUAAAAAUGAGCGAUUUGGAAUUUAUCGGAAAUAUAGUGGAAAAUAACACAGCCCUAAUAGGUGGAGGAAUCAGAUAUAUAGGAAUAUAACCUAAAUUUGUUGAAAAAAUAUAAAAAGAUAAAGAAAAUAAAAAAUUAAAUUAAUUUAUUUCUAAUCGAGCUUCACUUCAUAGCUAAGAUUAUGGUUCUUAUUUAUACUCAGCAACUGUGUAAUCUAAUUUAGAUUUGAUUGAAAUACCUAAAAAAAAGUAUUUAGGAGAAGAAAAUUUAGAGAUUAACUAAAUAAAUUAAUAAGAUUUAGUUAUCAAGGAAUAUGAAAUCCAUGAUUUUUAAAGUGGAGGAACAAUAGAUUUAUCCUUUCAAAUAGUUGACGUAGAAAACAAGCCUAUAAAUUUUGAUUUAGAUAAUGUAUAUGAAAAAAAAUACCUUGCAGAAGUGAUAGAUGAGAUUUAGAAAGUUUAAGUAAAAGCAACAGUAGAGAAUAAUGAUAUUAAAAUUUAUGGUUAAUACAUCACUAAUUAUUAAUAGUAUGAUAUGUAAAAUCUUUAGUUUUCAAUCAAAGAAAUGUAAAUCAUUUCUAUGCCAUCAACUUCAAAUUCUAUAUUCUUGGAAGUUCCUGCUAUUAAAAGAGUUAUCAAUUCCAAUCAAAUAUUUUAAAAUGGUCCAUUCUACAUCAAGAUUGUUAUAUACUUCAGAAAAUGUGUGCAAGGAGAGAUUUACACUCCUAGCAGCAAUAUGUAUUUUUGUGGUGAAUGCAAGGUUGGUACUUAUUCGCUUGAAGAACCUAUUAAAGAAAAAUCUGAUUUGCAAAUUUGCAAUAGAUGUCCAGCUGAGGCUGACCAUUGCUUUAGAAAUAAAAUAAAACUUAAAAAUGGAUAUUGGAGGAUUUCAAACUAGACUGACUCAAUUAUAAAAUGCUCAAAUAACCCAUUAAAUUGUGUUGGAGAUGAGGAGAAAGGAUAUUGUAAAAUUGGACAUUAUGGACCUUUAUGCGAAGAGUGUGAUGUAAAUGGUAUUGUUUGGGGGAAAAAAUAUGUAACAGAUGGAAGAUACAACUGUGUAGAUUGUACAGAAUUAUAAAAUGAUUUUAAAUAUUUUUUACCUUCUAUAAUAGUCGGUAUACUGAUGGUUUUUUAUAUGGUUAUAAGUAUAAGGAUAGCAAUAGAUAUAAGUACUCGUAUUAUUGUUGGAUAUUACUUAAGAAAGAUGAAUAUAAUUAGUAUCUCAAAGUCUGCUUUUAUGGAUACAACAAAUAUGAAUAUGAAGGCUAUGAUGAACUAUAUGUAAAUAGCGUUGCUCGUAAAUACUUUUGAUGUGGAAUUGCCUGAAUUUUUUAAAAUCCUUCCAGAGUAUGUAGGUUAACCAAUAAGUAAUUUUUUGUAUACUUUGGACUGCUUUUUAAACGAAAUAGCAAAUGAGGAUUUUCCUGUGGUUUACAUUAGAACAAUUUGGAGUUUGGCAAUGCCUAUUUUAUACAUUUUUGGUAUGGGAAUCAUAUAUUUUUUCUUAAUCUUAUGUAGAUUUACAAAACACAGUAAGCAACAUAUAAUAAGUGGUUUGGUUUUCUUGAUAUUCUUCUUCUAACCGAGCAUGAUUUCUAAUUUGUUAAGGGUAAUGUCUUGCAGAAAAAUAGAUAAUAAGAGAUAUAUCCUAGCAGACGUUACUUAGAGCUGCUAUUCUUAAACUCAUAUUUUAUACAUUUUUUACAUUUGUAUACCUGGAAUAAUUAUGUGGGGUUUAUUGAUACCUUUGUUUAUAUUGAGAAAAUUAUAUUAAAAUAAAAGUAACCUAGAUAAUGCACUAGUAAGAAUACCUUAUGGAUUCUUGUACUAAGAUUACAAAUAAGAUAAAUAUUAUUGGGAAUUUUUGAAGAGUUAUAUGAAAAUUCUAUUUGUUGUUAUUCAUAAUUUUUAUGGUGAUCCAUACAAUAACUAAUUAGUCCUUACUAUGAUAAUUAUGCUCAUAUAUCAAGUUGCAUUAAUAAUUAUGAAGCCUUACUAAAUGAGAUACUUUUAGAAUAUAGAGUAAAGGUCUAUGGGAGUUUUAAUAGUUAUUGUCACUAUGAAUAUAUUCUUAUAUAAUAGGCCUAGUAUUGUUUAGCAGUAAAUAUUUUAUGUAACAGUCUUAGCGAUACAUAAUUUUUAUCAGUUAUUCUUAAUAUGGUGUGUAGUAAAAGCGAAAUACAAAAUUAUUUAUAACUAAAACAAAGAAAAAAUAUAAUUAUUGCUAAAAAAAUACUUUCCUUGGUUUUUGAGGCUGAUAUAAAUGAAAGAAACUAAUUCUAUGAAAGUAUUUAAGAACUGGAAAAGGAUAAGAAAUGAAAUUAUAAUUGCAAAAAAAAAGAAAUAAAAGUUAAUUUAAUAGAAAAAUGUUAAAAUAUAUUUCGAUGAUGAGCUUGAAUAAGAGAGAGAAAAAGUUAAAAAAAUACCAAUAACAAUCUCAUAAUUAUCUAUGAGAGCAGAGUUAUCAUCCCAUAAAAAUUUGCAACAUGAUAACUGUAGCUGUGACAAUUUAGAUAUAAUCUCUUAAAGAUCUUUUAUUAUGAGAGAUCAUAUCAGCAUUAUAUCGCCUUAAAACUAUAACAAAGACUAGCAAAACUCUUUUUUAAUAAAAUCACCAACUUCUUAGAACGAACCAUUGUUCUCUCCAAAAUAUUAAUCGAGUAGAAAAAAUUCACUUUUCAUUGAUUCAAGUGCUAAAAGCAGUUUUAGAAGUUAAUAUGAUGAUAAUAAAACAAAUAACAGAUAGUUUGACAGAUUGUUUGAGGCCCUUAUGCUUCAAAAAAAAAUUUAGUCAUAAAAUGAAACAAUUUAAGGAGAUGAUGAAGAGGAGGAGGAUUUUAAUUAGGUAAGAGAUCCAAGUACUUAUUCAAACUAAAGAUAAUAUUUAAUUUAUAAUAAUCUCUCAAAAGUUCCAACAAUUUUAAUUUAAGCACAGGCUUCAGAAAAUUAGCUUAAAAGCCUUAAAAUAUAGAAUUUUAAUUAAAUCAAUGAGGAAGAAUCUUUGGUAUUAAAUGAUUCACCUUUGCUCUUACCUUAAAAAAAUAUAAAUUCCUUCCAACCAAAAUACUCUAAUUUUUCAUAAAACCAAAAUAUAUUUGAGAAUCAAAAUAAUUUAUUUAACUAAGAAAGAAUGAAAUCAAGCUUAAAAAAUAUGAACAUAAACAAAUAAUAGAAUUAAAAAUUGAGAUUAAAGAAUGAUAACUCAGAAUAAUAUGAAUCAGUAUGUGAAAACGAACCUUAUUCUCCGUUUAAUUUAAAUAAUUUUUUACAAUUUAAGUAAUUAAGUAGUUUGAUGGAUAAAAAUUAAAAAUACUUUGGUAAAGAAGAUUAAAAUAGUUAAGCUCUCAGCUCUUCAGAUAAAAAAAGCUAAUAAAAUUUAAGUAUUUUAAAAAAAAACUAAAUCGAGCAAGUGAUCAACAAUACUGAAAAAUAAAAUUUAGAAAGAUAUUAUUAAGACUAAGAUGAUCAAUUAGAUAACAAGAAAUAAAUUAUUUAACUGAAAAAUUAAAGUUAGCAUAUGAACUCAUUUAGUUAAUUUGACCAAGACCAAAGUUAGUCUAUGGAAUAACAUUAGAAGAAUAUAAAUAGCAUUUAACCAAAAUAAUUUAAUUUUAAUAAAUUAUAAACCUAAGUACUAAGUUAGUCUUUGCAUGUAGAAAAGAAUUAAGAAAUUAUUAUGAACUAAUAAAAUAUUUGCAAAUUAUAAGAUUAGUUAGAAUUAGCAGAAUAAAAUGAACAAGAAGAAUAAGAUUUUAAAAAAGCUUAAACUUAAGUAGAUUAGAAUUUUGAAGAUUAAGCUAUUAAAGAUUUAAAUUAGAUACGUCAAAACGAUGUUGUUGAAAAUUCUAAUAGUUAAAAUAAUAAUUAAAAUACAGAAACAGAUAAAAAUGAGGAAUAAAAAAGCAACAAAUAAGCUUAGCUUGAUAUUUUAUUUGGAGAUAUUGAAGCACAGCCUAAGUCGUUCCUUAACAAAUUAAAAGUUACUAGUGAAUAUUAUAAUAAGGUGGAUUUAGUCAAUCAUGAUUGGAUUAAUUCUAGUAAUUCAAUAAAGACAUUUAAAAAUGAUGAUAGGUUUGAUGUGUACACUCUCAAAAAUAAUCUAGCCUCUAAUGUGAUUGCUAAGAAUAUAUAAACAGAUCCUGACUCAGCAAUUUAAUAAUAAGAUUAUUUUAGCUCUAGGAUAUAAGAAAUAAGCUCAAAUUUUGAUGGAAAUGGAGUAUUAAUAAACAUUUUGUCAAUAGGAUUAAAAAGAUGUAACUGA